AGAAGGCAGUCUGACUACCAAGAGAGAAAAAAGAGAGCGCUCAGCAAACAGCUCGCACUCAUUGUGUCAGUGAAAUUCUGAACACGGACAGCUAGUGCAUUUGAGCUGAAGAAAACAGUUUUUAGUGCACAGACACAGAGGAAGUAGAAAAAAAAAACAAGAGGAGAGCUUCUUCGUUGAAAGAUGGACUCUGAUUCUGGGGAUCAGAGUGAGGGAGAACUCUCUCCAGGUCAAGAGAGCUUCAACUCCAAGAGUUUGGCCCUUCAGGCCCAAAAGAAGAUCUUGAGUAAAAUGGCCACCAUGGCAGUGGCGAACCUCCUCACAGACGACACCAGUAGUGAAAUUCUGGACGAACUUUACAAGGCCAGUCGUGAGUACACCAAGAGCAAGAAGGAAGCCCAUAAGAUAAUCAAAGAUGUCAUCAAGAUUGCACUGAAGAUUGGCAUCCUCUACCGGAACCACCAGUUCAGCUCUGAGGAGAUGGAGACCGUUGAGCGCUUCAAAAAGAAGAUGAACCAGGCGGCCAUGACGGUGGUGAGCUUUUACGAGGUGGAGUAUACAUUUGACCGUGGCAUUCUCUCUGAGCUAUUGAUGGAGUGUAGGGACCUUCUCCAUGAGUUGGUGGAGCAUCACUUGACCGCACGCUCCCACGGGCGGAUCGACCACGUUUUCAACCAUUUUGCAGAUGUGGAUUUCCUAACUGAGCUGUAUGGCCCAUCUGAAGAGUACAGACUCAACCUGAGGAAGAUCUGUGAUGGGGUAAACAAACUCCUGGAUGAGGGCGUACUUUAACCAAACCUCCAGUUAGACUCCAUCAGGCUGUUGGGAUUUGAAGUGAGGGAUUUUACGAAACAUGUGUUGUUGUUUCUAUGGGAAAUAUAGGGUGUCAUGGUAACUUAAUGAUGUGAUUGUAACUAGGGCUGGGCAAUAUAUCAAAUAUUCACACUGGGUCUCAUUUCCUAAAGCUGCCUGUUCACUGUCUCCGACAGUCACAUGCGACUUUCGCAUUUGUUCGCAAUGGAAAAUGAAAGCAGUCAUGAAUCUCUAUGUCAAGCACCCAGUUCCCAAUAUAUUUGCAACGUAAACAAAAUAACUGUCAAAUCUGCCGAAGUAGCAGGCAUUUUGAAUAAUGUUUAGGACAAAAAGCAUUGAUAUGUCUUAUUACGCAGUCAUUGUUUUGAAUGGAAAAAAUCACAUCCGGUCAUGCGGUUGCAUACGGUCUAAUUGCACCAAGUUGAAACUUUUCAACGCAUCCGUAGAUGAAAUUCAAUCCGAAAAUUCUGCAUCCACAGAUGGUUGGAAGUCCACGCAUCCCUAGUGUGACUCUCCAUUGAAAAUGAAUGACUUCCAGUGUAUCGUCUGUCGGAUGCAGUGGAAACGCGGCUUAAUAAUUGCAUUCAAGUUGUGUUCUUCAGUGCAAAGAAAAAGUUCUUAUUUUCCGCCAGAUUAAAAAACGUUUCAUACACACAUACAUUUGUUCUUACCUUUGUUUUAAUGUUGAUGAAUCCGGAUUGUUCUAAAUGAGAAAGUGUGUGCAAGCACUUACUAAUUUGCAUAAAACAUGCCCAAAUCAUCUUCGUAUAAUUCAUGCGUACGCAAGGUUUGUGAAUGACACCCUAAAUAUAUGUAAUGGUUUUGAUGGAGAUAUAAAAUUAAGCAACAUUGUGAAUGUUGCAAUUAUUUAAUGUACUUUAUUUUUGGCUGUUAUGUUUUCUAACGACAAGGUCGUUAUGCUUUUCUGUCUCGUGACUCACUAGUUACGACUUAAGCGUUAAACUUCUGUAGCAAAAAUGCUAGUUUGUUGUUAAGUUUGAUUCAUUUGAUUCACUUCUUUGAAUCAGUUCAAAAGUCUAUUUCAGUGAAUCAACUUAUAAAUCUGAAUCGGUGAUUCAUUUGUGCCAUCACUUGAAAAGUUUGUGUGGGAUAUUUGAUGUAUGGAAAUUUUCAAGAGUGUUAAAACUAGUGUUGUGCAGCGAAGCCAUCAUCUGUAUUUGUAUCUGUAUCUGUCUCUGUAGUCAGAUAGAACCGGGUGUGGGCGGGGCUUGAGACGGAAGUGCGUCAAAACUAAAUGAAAUGCCCAUUUUUAAAUGUUACUCUUACAUUUAUAGUUUCUGUUAAUAAAAUAUGCCUUGUAUAUGCCUUUUCAUAAUAAUAGCCUGAUAUUUUUAUUAUUAUUAUUAUUAUUAUUAUUAUUAUUACUAUACAACUAUUAUUUAAAAAAAUAUAUAAUUUUAUUAUUUUAUUUUUCUUACCAGAUGAAGCUGAAUUUGUAGGCUACAUUAACUGUGGAAUAUGUUGUGGUUUCUCCUGGUAUUUCUGAUAUUAAUAUCUGCAUGAAACAGAGUUUUCAUUUGUCUGUUCAUGUAUAACAACAAUAUUCUGGAGGCAGGAGGUGUCAAGCAAAAUGUGAAAUGUCAAGCACACAUUUUGCAGUGAAUAAUAAAUACAAAUUCACACAUUAAAAGAAAUGAAAAUAAAAUAUAGCCUACAAACAGGUGAAAGUCCCGUAAAUCUAUAAGGAAUUUUUACGAUAAGUCACCAUUAUUUAGUUAAAUAAUAAUAAUAAUAAUAAUAAUAAUAAUAAUGUAAAAUGUAUAUAGCACCUUAACAGAGGUAGCACAGUUUAAAGAAGAAGAAGAAAAAAAGACGGUGAAAGUUUCAGUUUCUUUGCUUUACAUAAGGAGGAAUAUUCCUAAUAGAUGAAUACUCUAUGGAGCAUUUAAACUUUUAUUUUUAUUUUUUUCAGAAUAAAGUCUUAACCAGAUAAUUUCCUUAAUCGCUGAAGUGAAUAUAAAUGUGGUCAACUUUAAGAGAUGGAUGGACGGGCUCCGACGUGAAAUCAUCACUUCAUGUCAGGAGUUUAACAUCACGCUCAGGUUUAGGCUAUAAAUAAACACGAGAAUCACGUGUGAAUCGUGUGAUACAUUAACAGACAUUUCAAGAAGUAGAAAGUGUAUAUGAUGUCGUAUGUUAAUGUUACAAUUUAUAAGCUCCAGACACGCACAAUUAACAGAGACCGCAAACGGAGUUGAGACCGUGGCUAUCCGAUCUGAAAUCAUAAUGUGCACAUUUUCAUUCAUAAGGUUUUGGCUGCACAGAUUCAUAAAUUCUCUGUAAUUUUGUUUGUUUAUUUAAAAUGUCACUUUAUCCUUGUGCCUCUUGGAUAAUCAGUCAUACAAAUAUUUUUUAUAUUAUUCGGAUGAAUCCGUUAUUCGUUUUGAUGUCAUUAUUCGUGCCUUUCCGAAUAAGGUAUUCGACUUGGGGCAAAUCCCUAGUUCAGAUAAUUUAAUAUCAACUCUGAUUUUAACUUUAGUAGCAAAAAUGCUGUUGAUUCACCUCCAUGAAUCAGUUCAAACUGUCAAUGCAUCGACUCAUAACUCUAAUUGAAAAAUUCAUUUGCGGAAGCAUCCAUGUGGCAUUUUCAUCAAAAAGCAUAAAAUACUGAGAUUUUGUUUUCACGUGUUUAGCUAUAUCACCCAGCCCUAAUUAUAACCCAGCCUGUAGGGAUGGUCACCCAGGUGCAAAUUAAAGUCAAAUCCUGGUCUGUAUCGCCAACAUACCAGAUGAUUGUUUGAGAAAAAUCCUGUUAAGUGCUAAGCUGGAAUGAAUCUGUGUCCCAUAAACCUGCACUUUGUGUUCAACUUCAGGAACGUUUUAAAUUACAAGCUCCUUUAAAUGCACUGUAUGAAAUUGGAUCCACCUAUCCUUUAAGAAUGGCCUAGCAAUGCAACCUUAGCUUUCUUCAGUGUGUGUAUAAGAACCAAGAAGUAUGUCCAGUUAAUUUAUUUGAAAAUUGAAAGUUCACUCUUUAUUUAAUCGCAUGUAUUUCAAAAACCUGUUUGACUUUCUUUCUUCCUUGGAACACACACAAAAUAAAAGAUGUUUUGAAAAAUUUCCGGAGCACUGUUUUUAAUGUAAUAAAGAGGAAAGGGGGCUGAGGCUUCCAAGCUCCAAAAAUGACAAAAAUAAAACAAUUAUAAAAAAAAAAAAAAAGAAAUUAUAAAUCAUAAAUAAAAUAUAACGCGAAUAGUCUACACUACUCAUGUGCUACAAUUCAAGUCUUCUGAAGACAUAGAAUAGCUUUAUGUGAGGAACAUGCAAUACCAUUUGGCAUAACUGGUGUCACAAUUCUGUGUUGUGUCAGCGCACCAUAUUUGAAUCUGAACAUAACUGCAAAUGAGAUUUGAGAGCUGCGCUGGCAUGACAACUUUAUAUAGAAAAACUAUUUUAAUUUUGGCUUGUUCCUCAAAAAAUAAAGCUAUUGCACAGCUUCAGAAGACUUGGAAUACAGCACAUGGAAAAAUACUGACUAUUUUUGUGGUGCUAUUUAAGUUAGACUUUGACAGAAUCUAUGAUUUAAUCCAAUCAAACACUUUGUACAGAAAAGAGAUCAUCAGAGAUUCUGCAGAGAAUCUCCUUUUGUGUUCCACAGAAGAAAGAAAGUCAUACAAGCUCGGAACUAGGUGAGCAAAUGAUGACAGAAUUUUACAUUUUGAAUGAACUAUUCCUAUAAUAUUGCAAAAGCUUUGAGAGCUGAUCAGAAAAAUGGCACGAACCUUUGUUGAACAGAGCGUGAGCCACAAUAAACAGAUGAAGUGCAGCAGAAAGAUUGUAAAUAAACUUUUUUUUUUUUUUUCAUUUGUAAUGACUCUGUGUCACAGCAACUCCCAUGAUCCUGUGCUUGGUCUUUUCAGAGCCUGAUGUUUCAGCAUGUAAAUGGUGUGUGUACAUGCAGGAGUGAAAUGUGAUUAUUCCACAAGCCUGUUGAGUAACCCAGGGUGUAGCACUAUUAUCUGUCAUUAAACAUUCCAUAUGAACUCCC